AUGGCAUCCUCUCUCGCCGCACAGUUGGCACAGGUUGCCGCCAAGUCGACGAGUCCUCUCGACCUCAAGGCGCAACGGGUUGCGCAUUCGAAAUCUCUAAUCUUCGAAUACAGAGUCGCUAAAUCGCAGGACUUUGAUACACUAUAUCAACUAUGCAAUGAUGCUUUUCAGGAGCUGUGUCGGUUGGACACACGAUUCACAGAAUUCGAGCGGACGAUAUUCAGCCUGCAUAGUAAAUCCGAAGAUCGUACGGAAAUGACUGCGGCGCAAAACAAGGAACUCGAUGUUGCAUUAGAAUCAUUUAUGGCUCUAGUAGGAGGGAAAUUGCAGCUCACUCCAGCGGUGAAAGCACUAGAGUGGCUUGUGAGGCGGUUUCGUGUCCACGAGUUCAAUAUAGCCUUUCUUAUUCUUACCCUCCUCCCAUACCACUCGUUACCGAUUUUUCUUAAUCUACUAGACAUAUUACCAGAAGACCUAACGCCGACAUUCAAUUUCCUCCAACCCUACAAAAAAAAUCGCGUCAAUCCACCCAUGGAAGCCAUGAUUCGCACUGCAGCAAAAACUCCAUCGUUUUCAUCUGCUCUGAACAAUUAUACCCUCCAAGUUUCGAAACAAAGGGCACAUUAUCAUGGAUUGUUGGCAUUUUGGUCCGGAGUAAUGACACAGGCAUGCUCUGAAAUGCUAGUGGCUGGACGCGCGGGUCGACGAGAGGUGGAAAAGAAAAAUCACGAAGAUAUCUUCAUUCGGCUUUUACCUGUUCUAAACGAUGGGUUGGCAUUAAAGAAGAUAUCGGAAUUGGUUAUUGGUUGCUACAUGAUAAUUGUUGUGUUUGUCACAAAGGCAGCUCUCACGGAGGAUGUUAUCGAUACAUUGAUGACUGCCGUGGCUGGUUCCUGGACUCAAGAAACAGUGAACUCUGCGGCAGUUACUCUAGCAGUUCUGGCAGAGCAAAAGACCAAUCCAGCACUCCCCAAGAAAGUCGUUCGCUCUAUCAUGAAACUCGACAACCCUAUCAAUCUGUUGGCCGAUGUUGCCUCGCAACACCGAGUUUCGCAACUUUCCUUAGGCCUAAUUGCUGGCUUUCUUGGGAGUCUACAAAUGGAUGAUUCUCGGCAACACCUUACCUUCAUAUCACAGCUCUUUCAACGAGGACUUUUGGAUGAGCCAGCUAGCAAGAAGGCUAUAAAUAUGCUAUUUCAAACUGCCAUGGAUGCUCAGAAGUCCGGGACCUUGUCGCUGGACGUACAAACACAAAUGUCAGAACUAGUGCAGACACUCAACGCUUCCGAUGUUUAUCGACCACUUUUGCAAGGUAUAACUACGGAGAGGGACAUGGAUAUAGAUAGUUUGGAGCACAGUUUGCAGACUACCAUUCGAACUCAACCUGCUCUUCCCGCCAGCGAAGAUGCUGAAAUGAUGGAUAUAGAAGAAGAGCAAGAGGUUGAUAAUUUCACUCCGUUACUCGAAUCUCUAGCUAAGGAGCCAUUGGCUAGUUCAUCAUUCCUGUCUAUUGAGACUUCGCGGAAUUUCGAGCAAACACUUCAAGCUUUUACUCUUGCUGGAACCUCUUCCGAUAAGCUUCAGCAACUUUCUAACCUGCCUCUUCUUGGAAAGUCUGAAAUGGUGCAGAAGCCUCAGUACCUGUCUUUCCUUGUGAGAAUAUUCUCAGGUCCAUAUGGAAUCCGAACUAGAAUUGCUGCUAUGGAAUUGAUUUCUGCCGCUCUUGUUGCAGAUCACCCAUCAGCAGAUCUGCAAGCUCUGCUUCCUUACAUAAUUGCAGCGUUAGCCGACUCAUCGCACGCCAUGAGGAGUGAGGCUGCUAAGCUUUUCAGCAAUCUCGUUCAAGUGCAACGGCAGGCCAAGAAAGAAGGUGAUGGUGUCGCCCCAUGGGCUAAAGACAGCCUCUAUAAAGACAUUAAAGAGAUUCAACCCGUCUGGUUAUCGACAUCUGACGCUCAAAAGAUCAUAGAACGCGUGUUACUUGACGGGCUAGAGGGCUUCGUCCACGAUUCUUGUCAUGUCAUUUCCACAAUACAGAAGGCGCUCAAGAGUUCCGGCUCCGAUUCCGACCAAGCCUCCGGUGCUGAGUUGAAGAAAGGUUUGAGACAAAAUCUUUUGCAGUUUUUAUGCUACCAUAUAGUUGCGACACCCAUUACUCAAGUCAAGUUGAGUCUUCUCAAAAUCGUCAAUGGCGUGGACAAGAUUGCGUCCUUGACGCGGACUAAGCUUCUAACACCCUUGAUUACUUCAUGGCAGGCUCUUACCGAAUCGCAAGUCGCUCAAAUUUGCGAUAAAGAGCAUAUCUCUUUGCCUGAGUUGGAGCAAGAAAUCGCUACCGUCAUCAGUCCCAAGGAUCCAGACGCUGAAAGGAUAGCGUUCACCAUCGUCGAAAAUUCCGCCAGGCCCAGUCUCAUCUCUGCUGUGUUCACUCGCAUGGAACAAAUUUGGAUAAAACUCGGAGAAGAGAGACAAAAUGCAUCUGCACAACGGCUAUUCGAUCUCUCAUUCAGGGGUUCUGAGGCAGUACAGAACAAUGCGAAGGAAACAUUACGCAAUGUCUCCCUCAGUGGAUCGGUUCUGGUUGAUUUUCUCGACAGAAUAUCCGAGUUUGUCUCCGCUUUGGAGAGCCAUAGUCCUUCUCCGAAGAGGCGGCGCACAAGUAAAAACAAUUUAGUUGCCGCCAUAUCCAAUUCAUCUGAGCUGGAUGAAGUUAUGGGCAAAGUGACGUUCAUCCUCGAACUGGUGGAUACUUCUGUCCCCGAAGAACAUCCCGAACUUACCCCCGGCCUCUUCAAGUCAUUGGCAGCACUACAUCAUCUCAAAACCAGAAUUCAGUCUAGCCUUGGGUACUUACUCAGUCUUGUGCUUGGUAGUUUAUUAGCCAUUGUCAACAAAGCGAAGAAAUCGUCCAAGCCCUCGUUUGAUACCUCUGCUAUCCGGACUGACUUGGUUGUGGACUGCGUUAGAAGCUCCGAGAGUCCUCAAGUACAGAACACCGCUCUACUCUUGGUUUCUGGUCUUGCUGUCAUUGCUCCUGAACAGGUACUUCACAGCGUCAUGCCGAUUUUCACAUUCAUGGGAUCUAGUGUUCUGAAAAAGGAUGACGACUACUCAGUUAUGGUGAUCGAUCAGACAAUUGACCAAGUCGUACCGGUCCUUGUUCAAUCAUUACGGAACCAAAAGCGCGAUGUGGUUGCUGGAACUUCCGAACUUCUUCUCAGCUUUACAGCGGCCUUUGAACAUAUUCCGUCUCAUCGCCGACAGCGCCUCUUCCAGGCGUUGGUUACCAAGCUUGGCGCCAAGGACUUCUUGUUCGCUGUUUUGGCUAUGCUUUCCAACCUUUAUGGCCUAGACAAGAAUGUAUCUGUCUUGAUGACUCACUUGAUUUCUGGACUAGGUCCCCAAGAUCAGCUCAUUACUUAUCAGAAGUAUCUAAACCUUGUCAGCGAUUGUCUGAAGCCAAAACCCGGUAUUUCUCAAAUACUUCUGGGUGUUGGAAACGAGGGUACCAAGGACAAGCAUGUCAUCGCAGAGAGCCUACUGCGAUCACUGUCUCACUGCUUGAAGCACUCUAGCUUGAAGGCACAGAUGGCGGUUGUUUUCACUUCUGAUGCGGAGGAGACAGUUACCAAAGUGGCUGGUCUUUUCUCUCAGAUCCUCGAACAAAUCCUGGUUCUAAUCGAUGCGGUACAAGAGAUCAAGCCUUUGAGCAACGCAUGCAGCGAGGCACUUGGAUCAGUGUUGGGAGUAUUGUCUCUGGUUGACCUUCUCGAUACUGUCGAACAGCUCUUGCAGAGGCCUAACCCAGAUCUUCGCCGGAAGGUUCUUCGUUUGCUGGAGGCCCGACUUCGGCAACAGCCAGAGCGCGAAGGUGCUGCGCAGAACAGGGUGUUGGAAUUCAUUUCUUUCCUCAAUCAAAUUGUUGAAACCUCGGAUGACAUACUUCUCAAACAUGCUGCAAUUGCCUGUAUUGACCGAAUCGCUGAGAAAUAUGGCCGGAAGAAUCCGGGUAUGGUACUUCCAGCCGCUACGGUCAUUAGUAGCGAUUCAUGUCUUGGUCAAGAAGACAAUAGAGUUCGUGUUAUGGCUUUGCUGUGUCUUGCAUCAAUGGCAGAAGUCCUCGGAGAAGGCGUCAUUCCUGCUCUUCCAGAAAUGCUCAAGAAAUCUCUUGCUCUUCUGGAAAGUAGUAUGGAAGGGGAGACUGUCAAUGAGCAACUCCACAAUGCUGUAUAUUCCUUAUUAUCUGCUCUUCUCAUUCAAGUUCCGUUCAUGCUAUCAGGAAAAACCCUUGACACGAUCCUUCGACUGUCUUUCAAGUCCGCCCAGCUUGAAUUAUCCGAUGAAGGGGAGGAGGCUCGUCAUGAUACAAUGAAGCUCAUUGCUAAGAAGUUCGAUGUCAAGGAGUCAUAUGGUGCUAUUGAGAGAAAUUGGACGAUUGCAACCACUUCCGGACCGGUUGCUACGAAGGAAGCCCUUGAAACUGUCAGCCUAGCAAUCGAAAAGCAUCCCAAAUUAGCUACAGCCAAGAACGUUAGGAUCCUUUUGAAGCUGCUAUAUCGUGCUUUUGAUCUCCGUCGAGAACAGCUGCCCUCCGAAUCAGACUCUCAAUUCGAGGAAACACAACUUCAAGCAAUCGAGGAGCUCGUCAGCAAUGUUGCUAUCAAGAUGAUUUUCAAAUUGAACGACACCAUCUUCCGCCCUCUCUUCAUGGAGAUUGUGGAGUGGGCGACGAACGGAGUUUCCACGACCGAUGACAAGGGUCGAGUUCUUCGACUCACCUCGUUUUAUAAGUUUUUGCAAAAAUUCUUCGGCACUCUCAAAUCCAUCGUCACUAGCUAUUCAAGCUAUAUUAUCGAGAAUGUUAUUGAGGUUCUUGAAUUCUCCAGGCCGAAUGUGAAGGGGUCAAAGGAUCUGUGGUUAGCUGCUGUUCGGACACUUAAUGCUGCCUUUGAGCAUGAUCAAGAUGCAUUCUGGCAAUCCCCAUCCCAUUUCAGCGGAAUCUCCAAAGCUCUCAUCUCUCAACUUCCCCGAGCCACCAACUCCAGCACCGCAACCGUCAUCAUCGAUGAAGUGGUACCAGCCUUAUCCGAACUUGCAGUCGCCACCGACUCUCCGGACAACUACAAGGAAAUGAACACCGCACUUAUGAAAUAUCUCCGUCCCUCAACCAGCACAACCACAGAAGGCGGCGAUAGCGCAUAUACUCGACUCGCCGCAUUGAAGGCCGAGCAGGCAUUGACUGGCCGGUUGGGUGAAGAAUGGCUCACUUUGUUACCGGAGAUGUUGCCGUAUAUCAGUGAGUUGAUGGAGGAUGAAGAUGAGAUGGUGGAACGUGAGACGAGGAAGUGGGUUAAGGGUAUUGAGGACAUACUUGGAGAGAAACUUGAUGAUAUGUUGACUUAG